CACACACAAAAUUGGGAAGCCUGGGCCUGGGCUUGCCAUCCCAGGGUCACUGGACUAGGAUGGGGGAUGGGCCUGUGACAGGAGGUGCCCUGGGUGUCCUCUUUCGGCCCCAUGGAGUCCUCCCCCAUCCCCCCGUCAUCAGGGAACUCUUCCAUUCUGGGGAGGGUCCCUCAAACCCCAGGUCCCUCUACUGCCAGUGGGGUCCCGGAGGUAGGGCUGCGGGACGUGGCCUCAGAAUCUGUGGCCCUCUUCUUCAUGCUCCUGCUGGACUUGACCGCUGUGGCUGGCAAUGCUGCUGUGAUGGCUGUUAUCGCCAAGACACCCGCCCUUCGAAAAUUUGUCUUUGUCUUCCACCUCUGCCUGGUGGACCUGCUGGCUGCCCUGACCCUCAUGCCCCUGGCCAUGCUCUCCAGCUCCGCCCUCUUUGACCAUGACCUCUUUGGGGAGGUUGCCUGCCGCCUCUACUUGUUCCUGAGCGUAUGCUUUGUUAGCCUGGCCAUUCUCUCGGUGUCGGCCAUCAACGUGGAGCGCUACUAUUAUGUGGUCCACCCCAUGCGCUACGAGGUGCGCAUGACGCUGCGGCUGGUGGCCUCUGUUCUGGUGGGUGUGUGGGUAAAGGCCUUGGCCAUGGCUUCUGUGCCAGUGUUGGGAAGGGUCUCCCUGGAGGAGGGAGCUCCCAGUGUUCCCCCAGGCUGCUCACUCCAAUGGAGCCACGGUGCCUACUGCCAGCUUUUUGUGGUGGUCUUUGCUGUCCUUUACUUCUUGUUGCCCCUGCUCCUCAUCCUAGUGGUCUACUGCAGCAUGUUCCGAGUAGCCCGAGUGGCUGCCAUGCAGCACGGACCGCUGCCCACGUGGAUGGAGACCCCCCGGCAACGCUCCGAGUCUCUCAGCAGCCGCUCCACCAUGGUCACCAGCUCGGGGGCCCCCCAGACCACCCCGCACCGGACGUUUGGGGGAGGGAAGGCAGCAGUGGUCCUCCUGGCUGUAGGGGGGCAGUUCCUGCUCUGUUGGUUGCCCUACUUUUCUUUUCACCUCUACGUCGCCCUGAGUGCUCAGCCCAUUUUGACUGGGCAGGUGGAGAAUGUGGUGACCUGGAUUGGCUACUUCUGCUUCACUUCCAACCCUUUCUUCUAUGGAUGUCUCAAUCGGCAGAUCCGGGGGGAGCUCAGCAAGCAGUUUGUCUGCUUCUUCAAGCAGGCGCCGGAGGAGGAGCUGAGGCUGCCUAGCCGGGAGGGCUCCAUUGAGGAGAACUUCCUGCAGUUUCUUCAGGGCACUGGCUGUCCCACGGAGUCCUGGGUUUCCCGACCUGUACCCAGCCCCAAGCAGGAGCCACCUGCUGUUGACUUUCGAAUCCCAGGCCAGAUAGCUGAGGAGACCUCUGAGUUCCUGGAGCAACAACUCACCAGCGACAUCAUCAUGUCGGACAGCUACCUCCGUCCUGCCCCCUCACCACGACUGGAGUCCUGAUGGGCUGCUGGACACUUGGAGGGAGAUGGGGCUGGGGGCCGGUUAUGACCGCAAGGAACUCCUUGUGGGAUCACCUUUUCCCAGCUAGCUGGGGCUGGGGUCUCUGCACACAGCUUUCGCUUAGUGUUUUCUGGGUUAGGAACAGAGCCAACUGGAUGGAUAUGUGGCAAAAGCCUUGGACGUGGCUGUGAGCCUUGACUACUGGGGGAGGGAACCUGGUGAGAUGGUGAUGAGAUUAAAGGGUCAAAAAGGUGAGAUGAUGCCUCUCAACCAAAGAACUUUCCAUGACUCAGGAAGCAGGGAAACCCUAAGGGUAGGAGUUGGAAGAUAUAGGGCAGCAGACCAGGCUUGGAGUUAUUCUGGGGACUCUUUAGGAUCUUUCAUUUUUCAGUGUAAUUGUCCAGGGCAGAAAUUGCACUCAAGCAAGAGCUGGCCUCCCUGAUCUCUCUCCUCAUGGCAGUGACCCAUCGCCAGCCCUCUGGACAAUCGGGUACAAGAGACUAAGGUUGGGAAUGGGAAAGGUGGGGUUUCCAUGGUUCAUUAAAUGCCUCCCUACUCCCAUUCAUCGCUCUCAAAAUUAGCUUCAGUGACAAAGACUUAAAUCUCUCUCCUAUCUGCAGCCCUGGGUUGGAGAGAGGGCACGGGAGUUGGGCUCAGCUGUUCACUGAUUGAGACUGUAGGAACUGUGUUGGGUGGUCUUGGUGGUGGUAUAUUCAAGGGAGGGGGAAUAAUCACAAACUGGACAGGACACCCAUCUGGGACUACCUGUCCGUCCACUUCCCUCAAUUCAAUCAGGUCACAUUAGAGAGCUGAGGCAGGACCACAUGGUGGUGUGAUCUGUAUUUGAACAAAUUCCUGGCUUAAAUGAGCAUCAAAGAGGAAGAUGGCUUGGUGGGAGUGGGAUAGUUUCCCCUCUGAACAGUUAAUAAAUAAUUUUUAUUAUAAAAAGUUAUGCUGAUAUCAACAUUGACUCCUUCAGUUCAACUCAGUGCAUGAUAGUUGAAUACCCUAUUCUCUGGGACUCACACAGAGGAUUUGGAGUCACUGCCUUCGAGGAGUUCACAGUCUAAUUUGAUCAGGUACCUUGUAUUUUGACAGAGCAUUUACAUAUGGUAAAGCACUAUGGAAUGUGUUAAGAGAAAUAUAUUGAGGAAUAUGUUCCUGGUUCUAACUUCUGAGAGUUCAGCCUAUUGCAGCAAGAUGCCUAUAUGGAGGCUUCCUGCAGAUUGAAAAGUAUGGGGGCUGUAGAGGAAACUCUAGUUGAAGAAAAUAAUUUAUUACACGAAACUGGGCAGCUUCUCCUCCUCAGAUCUAGGAAAUUUUCCAGGUUUCUGUCUUCCUACCACUAGACUUACUCUAGUCCAGUGCUUAUUACAUUGAGGAAAUCCCUUAGAUAAUAUAUACACCGAGGAGAGUCUUUUGCGAUUGAAAUGCAUGUUCUUCUCCUCUCUCUCCUCCUUUUAAAGAUAAAUUCGUGAGGGAGGAAUCUCAUUCCUAGAUAGGGGGAAAACUUCUUCCAAACACCACUGAUGAGCUAGCAGACCCUAAACAUUGCCAGCAGGUGGCAGUGUGAGCCCAGUGGCGCUAGGAAAGAUGAGUGCAGGUGGGGAGGGGGAGGGGGGGACAUUAAACACUGCCUGGCAGCCAUUUUGUUAACUUAUUUUGCCUUUUUGUUUGACUUUGCCCUCCAACUUUUCCUUCACAUGUAUCAAAGGAGAAAAUCUUAAGUACAAGAAUAUGGCUAAUUCAGGCUGAAGUUUCCUGACACUGUGAUCUCACUGGUGUUUAUUACAGAAUUUGACAUAUGCUGGUUCAUUUGCCAUUUAUAUUUCCCGGAGUGGAUCAUGAAGGAAAUAAAAAUUUUCUCUUCUAUUAUGCUGAGAACUUUCCCAACAAUUUGUCAUGACCACCUUCCAGGGGUUUUCUAAUCACCAGGAUCACUUGGUAAAGUUCCAUAUGUAAUUCUUAGCUGUGAAAGCCAUUCCUGGACAAAAUUUGACCUCUAAAUCCACUGAAGAAAUCAACAGGUUGAGAAAACUGUGCUCUCAAGUUAUUUUUUUCCCCGCACCCUGGUGGUGUUGGGGUAACUCUCAAUCCUAGAUGAAAACCUUCUGUUGUCAGGUCUCCCAGGUAACACCUUAUAGUAGCAUGGUAGAAAAGGAGUGAAUUUGGAGUCAGAUCUACUUACUCACUGUGUGAACUUGGGAAAGAUGCUUAAUUUCUCUGAGCCUAUUUCCUCAUCUGUAAAAAUGGGGAUAAUAUUAACC